AUGGCGAGCAAGAAGAUGGCUAUGAUGGUGAUGAUGGUAGCCAUUCUAGUGGAGAGGUCAGUGGUGGGGAUUGACCUCUGUGGCAUGACGGAGACAGAGUUGAACGAGUGCAAGCCAGCGGUGAGCAAGGAGAGCCCAACAGCACCAUCACAGCUUUGUUGCAACGCUCUGCAACAUGCUGACUUCAACUGUCUAUGCGGCUACAAGACCUCUCCAUGGCUCGGCUCUUUCGGUAUUGAUCCCGCGCUAGCUGUUGAACUCCCCACCAAGUGUGGCCUAGCCAACGUCCCAACUUGCUAA